AUGCUGAAAGGGUUGAUCGAUCUGUUUGUCCCCAAUUCCGCUAUGCCUAGUAGAAAAAGCCAGAGUAAGAAUGCUUCGCAAGGAGAAACCAUCUCCGAAACGCAGAGCAGGUCGUCAUUCGCAAGAGAGGUCCAAACCGAAUGCAAUCUUUUAGCUGAGCAAAUUGCACGAUUACCAGCUACAGUUUGGGAACGCUUGUCACAAACUGAAGAAAUCUUAUCUGAUGGACAAAUUCAUUCUUAUGCGGAGUCUGAUUAUACUGCUCAACUACAAAAAGCCAAUUUCGAGAUUCAGCGCAAAGAAUCUACUAUCCGUCAGUUGAGAGUUGAGCUAGAUGCCCAUAAACUUGAGAUACAGCAACUACGUGCCAAGGAGCAGAGCUUGCGUGACUUGGUGCACGAGAGCGACACCUACCCGGAAGUCAGUGAGCAUGAAGUGAUCUCUGCCUUUGUCGGACUCCGCCAGAAGGUCCAGAAGUUAGUAUCUAGCCGAAUGUAUCGAAUGGAAGGGAAACCGUUAUGCACUGAGAGCAAAACUUUCAUCAUGUCGAAGGACCUAUCUAACACAUGGAACAAUGCCACGCAAGCAAAUCGGAAACUCAUGUUAAGAUCAUUUGUCUAUCAGCGCUUGGCGGAUGAGAUCCUUGCCUAUGAGUUUUUCGGCAUAUUGGAGUCAAAUUCAGAAGACGAUGUGGCGUCUUCCAAAACUGACAAUAUCUUCACUGGUCUCAGCCACUUUGAGCGUUUCCUGGUAAAGAACGAGGGUAGGUCCCUGUGCCCAUGCAUCGAAGCUAUGGGAUUGGCAAGAGGCCCAUUUGGUAAGGCACUCGCGAGACAAAUGUACGAUGACUUUGCACCAUUCAUCGUCGACGAAGCUACCAGAGAAGACAAAGAGAAGUUACUCGAAGGCUUCAUGGAGCUCUGUGAUAAGGCAUACUCUCUUCGAUUGUUUAUGCGAAAGUCCAAAAGUAACUACCAGUGUCACAAUAUAAGCCUUGGGAGCCCAGUGGAGGGUAUGGAUCGUUGGGCAGAUGUCUUUGGGGAAUUGGAGGGCACACAAAGUGGGAGAAACACGGUUGUUCUUACACUGUUUGGAGUCUUAGUUUCUCAGGCUGGAAAUUCCAGGAAUGACUUGAGAAUCUUAGAGAAGGCGCAAAUCAUUGUGAGAAGAAGGUAG